CAGGCCUUCAGUGCUAUAUAGCCAAAGGCACCCCAGCUGCAGCUGUCAUGAUCCUUAAUCCUUCCCUGAGAGCUCCUUGCCAACUUUUUACAGUACUAGCUCAUUUUAGUGCUGCUCUCUCAGGGGUAAUCAGUGGUCUCAUCAGGAAAAAAAAGAAGAAGAAGAAGCCCUGGAUGACUCUCUAUGCCUUCAGGAAAACACAACUGAAACAUUUGGGGAUGCUGUGAACAGGAAGAUGGCUGUGUGGAUGGAGUAGUUUGAAGUCUUCAGAAAAAAGGUGUUAUUAUAUCAAUACAAGUCUGUAGAAUGGAAAUGAAAUCACAAUACGUUAAUUUAUUAACUGAUGAAAUAAUGGAACCAGAAGUUCAGCAAGGCAAAAAUGGAGAAAAUGAAGAUGAACAGGUGGUCUCAGAGAUCAUGGCAAGAUGUUUUUUUCCAUCUCUGAUAACAACCAGAUCCUGGAAAGGUUUUCAUUUUGCUGGACAUGAGAUAAGAAUUACAGAAGCCACUGAUUGCUAUGGUGCUGUUGUCUGGCCAUCGGCUCUCGUUCUCUGUCAUUUUCUGGAAACAAAUUCAAAGGAGUAUAAUCUGGCUGACAAAAAUGUAAUUGAAAUUGGAGCUGGGACAGGACUAGUCUCAAUAGUGGCAAGCUUACUGGGUGCUCGAGUGAUUGCCACAGACUUGCCCAAUUUACUUGGAAACCUUCAGUAUAAUGUUUCCCGAAACACCAAAAUGAAAUGCAGGCAUCAGCCUCAGGUGAAGGAGUUAUCUUGGGGAAUGGCUUUAGAGGAGAACUUCCCCAAAUCUUCAAACCAUUUUGACUAUAUUCUAGCCACAGAUGUUGUAUAUGCCCACCCCUUCCUGGAUGAGCUCCUGACCACCUUUGACCACCUAUGUCAAGAUACCACGAUUAUCCUCUGGGUCAUGAAAUUUAGGUUAGAUAAGGAAAAUAAAUUUGUGGAUAGGUUUCAGGAGCUGUUUGACCUGGAGGAAAUUUCUAAUUUCCCUAGUUUGAACAUAAAAUUAUAUAAAGCUAUGAAGAAAAAUUGUAGGAGGGCAUGAUACUCUCAGAUAACAAUCUGAAAAUACUGCCAAGAUAUACCCAGGUAGGUAAAGGAGGGGGACAAAGGCCAUUUUUCAUUUGCCUGUAAUCUGUGCCUCUAUUUUAUCUUCUUUCAUUUGCUUCUAAACCCUCUGCAAUCUGAUUUCUGACCUCAUCAUUUAACUGAA